CACAGCCAAACACUAGCGCCACGAGUCAGAAGCUCCGUACGUCACUAUGCAGCGCCUUUAAUCCGCAGCUGCGCGGGGAGAUCGGGGCAAACCCGAAACCCAUUUCCAGACAAGGUGCGAAAGCUGAAUGGUGAUGCGCCUUGUGUUGGGUGCUUACUUGGAGUCGUCCCAGAAGAGAAGACCCUUGUGCCACCGCUCUACCUGGCCUGUAUAUUGAAGCUGUCCAGCUUACAAAUUCCGCUGCUUGAUCGUCGACAUGUCCGCAAAGAUGGGGUCGCCAGAGGAAUUAGCGACUCGGUAGUGGGGAAGCUCCAGCAAGAUUCGCUACGGCCAAGCAAGCUUCCGCAUUAGCGUCGCAGCCAGUAUAAAGACCUCAAGGUCUUCCCCCGCUCGUUUUGUAGUUUACGAUUCAUCCGUCAAUUCAACAACCAAUAACACAGUAAACAUGUCUCUCCAGCCCAUCAAGAUCUACUACUCCCGCGGCCCUAACCCUCCCAAGGUGGCCAUCAUCUGCGAGGAGCUCGGUAUCCCCUACGAGAAGGUUGCCGUCGAAAACUCCAAGAGCCCCGAAUUCGUCAAGAUCAACCCCAACGGCCGUGUCCCCGCCAUCGAGGACCCAAACAACGACAACCUCAUUCUCUGGGAAUCCGGCGCCAUUGUCGAGUACCUCGUUGAAAAGUACGACAAGGACCACAAGAUCAGCUCCGCCAACGAGGCCGACAAGUGGCACCUUCGCCAGUGGCUCUACUUCCAGACCACCGGCCAGGGCCCUUACUACGGCCAGGCUGUCUGGUUCUACAAGUACCACCCCGAGCAGGUCCCCUCUGCCCAGAAGCGCUACAUUGGCGAGAUUGAGCGAGUCUGGGGCGUUCUUGAUGCCUCCCUCAAGGACAAGGAGUACCUUGUUGGUGACAAGUGCACUUACGCCGAUAUUGCUUUCCUUCCUUGGGAAUUUGGUGUACACAACUUCAUUGGCGAGCAGGUCAAGCACAUUGAUGUUGAGACCAAGUACCCCAACUACUGGGCCUGGUACCAGCGUCUCGUCAACCGCGAGUCUGCUAAGAAGGUUUACGCUCCUUAAAUAGAAGGAGAACAAUUUUAUACAAAAAAGAGCAGUAUUUAAAGUUGAACGUUGCAAUGCGAGCAAUGUUAAAAAUUCUUUUAAAUUAAAUCAAUCAGUUAAAUUUCAACCGUGUACGCCGGUCAUGCGCGCUACCCUAUGCUAUGCUGCGCCGAGUUAGGCCCUUCCUGAUGGAUCAGACGAAUAAAAGUCGCCUGUGAAAAGACCCGUAGCAAUAUAUAAAAGACUGGUAAUAUUACACGUAUUUACACAAAAUUUCUCCAAAUAUUUAGCUUUUGAAAGCAACCCGUCUGCCCUGCCUCAUUAUCACCAGCUCCUUUUCGCCGCCAACGUGCCGUGUCCCAAUCUCCACGCCCUCCAGCCCAAGCUCAGUUGCCCGCGCAUUCCAUAGUAUCUGCCUGACUGAGCCGUUGCCUUCGCAAAAGACAUAUCCCAUUGGCCACUUGCUGCGGCCUAGAGCAUCCUGUACACCCUUUGUGGCAGCUCUCUCUGCUACCAGAAGGGCCAUGACGCGCCCAGCCCCAGGGGCAGAGGUACGCCAGCCUGGAGGAGCACCAGCAAACGCACCCUCGAGCUCACGUAUAUGCUGCGGCCCUGACCGUUGACUCCCGCCCGCCUUGCACUGAAUGAUCAUCCGUAUAGUAUCCUCGCCGUGUCCAUUGGCACCGCCAGCCUGAUCUGGGGGCGGGACAGCCCAUGUUCCAAGUAGGUCGAUGCCGUAGUCUGAUGCGCCGCCCACUCUUUGCAGCGAAAAGCCGUACUUGGUCAAAGUAUCGGCCACGGUGUAUUCAUAAUGCGUUCCUACAUACACUGUCGACUUUUCGUCCAGCCCUGUGCGUUUUGAAUAUGAUAAGAAAGUUGCCAAGUCAGAGUGCUGAGCUGAGGGUGACGGCGGGUAAACCAGUGUUGCGCCGCUACUGCUCCAUCGCAAGCCGGUAUUAAGAAUACUUCGAGCCACAACGAUUGAAGGGGAUAUUCGACUACAGCCUGUCACUAACCGAAGCAUUGCAUAUCAGAUCGGACGGUAUAAUGCAGCGCGUCGCG